CUACCAUAUCUUAGUCACAUUUCAACGUUUUACUUCCUAGUUAAUACAACUUAUUUAAAUCAUAUGUUACGCAUACAUGUUGACUUCUUUAGCACGACUUGUACCUGUGGAGAGCCCAGUCAGAAUCUGCGGCUGUCCACCAGAGUGUUUGAGGGUCAGACCAGGAAAGGUUGUUGCUGUGGUCACAAUGAAUGGACGUUACGAUCUCAGCAUGCCAGAGCUGAGGUGUGACACAUGUGAAGCUUCUUGGACUGCUGGAGUAGAUGACCUAAAUCGAAGUGAUUACUGGCCCGCUACCCUUCACUUUUCUACUUUGUACGCAACAGAUGUCUUCUUUACAUUUGAAGAAAUGAAGAUGGCAUCACCCGGACUCUCCUGCAAAGCAUUUUUAAAAAUGCUUGAUCAACGAACUCUCCAUUUUGGCCGUACGGGAAAGAUCUCUGCAGAUGGCUUUCAGAAAAGUUUUUUUGAGUGGGAAGCCGUGAGAUAUGAAUUAGACAAGAUUUUAAAGGAGGAUCCCUUCACAUGUCAAGCAUGUGCCCCCGACAUGCUUGCAAUUUCAGUGGAUGGAAACCGCAAGCAUUACCGUUUCAAGAAUGCAGCCAGAUCUGAGGAACAGGGCAUCUUUGAAGACGCCUUCAUAGCAAAGGAUGAAGAUGUGGGAAGAUUUGUGGACUACAUACACAGCACAUCCAGACAUGUCUCUGGACGAGGUGUUUGUGGAGGGGAGUGGUCAGCAGCCAGAGAGACCUCCCAAAGAUCCAGCAGCAAGGUGGAUGAGGAGGGACUGGAGCUUGCAGUGUGUAGGCAUGGAGUGCUGCUCAGUGCUCUAAAUAUGUACAGGGGUGACAUUUUUGCUUAUCCCUUGUACCUGCAACAAAAGCUGGCCAAUAGACAUAUCACUUUUUUUUUGUAUGGAUGUUACCUGCAAGUAUUGGCCAUAUCUUGAAAGAGUAACAAAAAGCUGUCCAGAGCUCCAGCACCUUCUUAGCAUGAAGCCAUUUCUUUCAGUCUUUCAUGCUAAAGCCCACGAUUUCAAAUGUGAGGUAUGAAAUUCUGACUUUAAUCACUUUAUCUGA